AUCAAUAUAGCAAACUUUACUUACAUACUAUUGGUAACAGUGAUAAAUAAUAAUAAUAAUAUUUCAUAGAUCAGUGCCAUCGUUCGACAAAUUUAAAAGGUUAUGUCAAACAAAUGUUUACAUUUAUAACUGUAUGUCAAUAAAAGUUGAAAUAAUAUAUAUUUUAUUUAUAAUAUUAAAAAUUAAUUAUCAAAAUGGGAAAACGACAGCAUCAGAAAGAUAAAAUGUACCUCACUUAUACAGAAUGGACGACUCUUUACGGUGGGAAAAAAUCAGGCCAUGAUUUAGAGUCUAGUGAAGAUUCAACAUUUCGGAGAUUACCGUUUAAUCAUUGUUGUGUUAGUUUACAACCAUUCGAGCAUCCUUAUUGUGAUGUUGAAGGCAAUGUUUUUGAAUUAGAAGCAAUAUUAAAAUAUGUUAAACAUUUUAAACAUAAUCCUGUUACGGGAAAAUCAUUUGACAUUAAAACACUCAUCAAGUUAAACUUCGCCAAAAAUGCUUCUGGAGAAUAUCAUUGUCCUGUUCUUUUUAAAGUAUUUUCAAAAUUUUCACAUAUUGUUGCUGUAAAAACGACUGGAAAUGUUUUCUCAUGGGAAGCUGUUGAUCAAUUAAAUAUUAAAACAAGAAAUUGGAAAGAUUUAAUUAAUGAUGAACCAUUUACUCGUGCCGAUCUAAUUACUAUUCAAGAUCCUAAUAAUGCUACUAAAUUUAAUUUGUCAAGAUUCCAUCAUAUUAAAAAUAAUUUGAGAGUUGAAGAUGAAGAAACGAUUCGAGAACGCAAUGAUCCAAAUGCUAAACUUAAAACAGUCUCAGCAGAGACAAGUGAUAUUUUGGCACAACUUGAAAAAGAUUAUAAACCUUCUGAGCAAAAAGAAGAAUCAAUAAAAGUAAAAGCUGAUAAAUUUAAUGCUGCCCAUUAUUCAACUGGGGCAGUUGCAGCAAGUUUUACAUCAACAGUAAUGCCAAGAGAAACAGUUCAUCAAGCAGCAAUUAUUACCGAUGAUUUAGUUCGAUACGAGAGGGUUAAAAAAAAAGGAUACGUUAGAUUUGUCACAAAUUUUGGCACGCUUAAUCUUGAACUUUUUUGCGAUAUAGUACCGAAAACUUGUGAGAAUUUUAUUAAACAUUGUCAAACUGGUUACUAUGAUAAUACUAAAUUUCAUCGAUCAAUAAGAAACUUUAUGAUUCAAGGUGGAGAUCCUACUAACACUGGUAAUGAUGGGAAAUCAAUUUGGGGUAAACCAUUUGAAGAUGAAUUUAAACCUAAUCUAAUUCAUCAUGGUAGAGGUAUUCUCUCAAUGGCAAAUUCCGGACCAAAUACGAAUGGGUCACAAUUUUUCAUCACAUUCCGAUCAUGUCGACAUUUAGAUCGUAAACAUACAGUUUUCGGUAAAAUCGUGGGUGGUUUAGAUACUUUGAAUACUAUUGAAAAAAUAGAGGUUGAUAAUAAAGAUCGACCUAUUGAAGAUAUUAUUAUUCUUCGGGCUCAAGUUUUUGUAGAUCCUUUUCAAGAAGCUGAUGAACAGUUAGCAACCGAAAGAGCUGCUGAAGCUGAAAGAGCUGCACAAGAAGCAAAAAAUAAUUCAACUAUUAAAAAAAAUAAAGAAUCAAAUAAUGUUUUAAAAGCUUAUCAUUCAGGCGUUGGAAAAUUCCUAAAUAUUGCUAAAGAAACUGAAGCUGUUGUGGGAUCAAGUGUAGUACCUUUAAAGAAAAAGAAAAAAAAUAUAAAUUCCAUGGAACUGUGGUAAAUUCAUUUUUAAAAAUAAUUAACAGAAUUUAAAAUACAUUAAAGCUGUAAAACAUAAUUUGUUAAACUAAUUUAUGUAAAAUAUAAUAUUUAUAAAUAUAUUUUUAAUGAUAGAAAUAAAAUUGUCACACAU